GUCGAUUAAUUAGCGCCUUUAAUAUACAAACACAAAUAACCAAUUCACAACACACUGUAUCAUAUAGAAAGCAUUAUCACAAAUUGUUCGAUUCAUUCAUCUUCUCUUCUCUUUUUCCCCCAUAAAGAUUAUUCCAUCGCAUGGUAGGUUCCUGCAACUACGUACAUGCAAAUGGAAAACAUAGUGUGUGUAGCACAGCGCAUUAAUAUGGGGACAAGAAUCACUUUUCAGUUGGAAGAAAGGUAUAAUUUACAGCACGGAAUGUCUGGGGCGGGUGGAGCUAUACGUGUGGAGAGAGCAAGGAAGCAAAGAGCCACCACCCAUGGCUUCAAAUUGGACCGUGGCCUCGUCAAGAAACAACGACGUGUUGGAGUGCCGUUCAAAGCAGCUGCAACUGCUGAAUCUGAGGCACAAGUUCGUACAAUUUCCAAAGAUCCAAUAAUGCUUGCAAAUUAUGUACCAGUAUAUGUGAUGCUCCCGUUGGGAGUUGUUACAAAUGAUAAUGUCUUGCAAGAUAGAGUGGGACUAGAGAACCAACUCAAAGAGCUACAAGCAGUAGGUGUUGAUGGGGUUAUGGUUGAUGUUUGGUGGGGUAUAGUAGAAUCCAAAGGGCCUCAACAAUAUGAUUGGUCCGCUUAUAGGACCUUGUUUCAAAUGGUUCAGGACUGCAAAUUGAAAUUACAAGCUAUAAUGUCAUUCCACAAAUGUGGGGGGAAUGUGGGAGAUUCCGUUUUGAUUCCUCUCCCUAAAUGGGUACUUGAAAUUGGAGAAUCGGACCCUGAUAUCUUUUACACCAACCGCAAAGGUAUUAGGAACAAGGAAUGUUUAUCCCUCGGCGUGGACAACCAACCUUUGUUUCAUGGACGAACUGCCAUUGAGUUGUACACCGACUACAUGCAAAGCUUCAGAGAUAAUAUGGAAGAUUUUCUUGAAUCCGAGCUCAUGAUAGACAUUGAAGUAGGACUUGGUCCAGCAGGAGAACUUAGAUAUCCCUCUUAUACAAAAAAUCUAGGGUGGGAAUUUCCUGGUAUUGGAGAAUUUCAGUGCUACGAUAAAUAUCUUAAAGCUGAUUUCAAAGGAGCUGCAUUAAGGGCAGACCAUCCUGAAUGGGAGCUACCUGAUAAUGCUGGGGAAUCAAAUGAUGUACCUGAAUCUACAGAAUUUUUCAAAUCAGGAGGAACUUAUCAAACAGAGAAAGGGAAAUUUUUUCUAACCUGGUAUUCCAACAAGUUGCUGACCCAUGGUGAUGAAAUCCUAGAUGAAGCCAACAAUGUAUUCCUAGGUUGCAAAGUGAAGUUAGCAGCUAAAGUAAACUAUCAAAUGAAUAUGGUUGCUGGAAUCCACUGGUGGUAUAAAGCAGAAAGCCAUGCUGCUGAGCUUACUUCUGGCUAUUACAACUUACAUCAUAGAGAUGGAUACAGACCUGUAGCAAGGAUGCUCUCCCGGCACAAUGCUAUUUUAAAUUUUACAUGUCUUGAGAUGAGAAAUCAUGAGCAACCAGCUAAAGCCCAAAGUGGAGCGCAAGAACUUGUUCAACAAGUGCUUAGUUGUGGUUGGAUGGAGAACCUUGAAGUUGCAGGGGAAAAUGCACUUGCAAGAUAUGACCGUGAAGCUUAUAAUCAAAUCCUUUUAAAUGCUAGACCAAAUGGUGUUAACCAAUUUGGUCCUCCAACACUAAAAAUGUAUGGUGUCACAUACCUUCGUUUGUCAGAUAAGUUAAUGCAGCAAACAAACUUUAAUAUAUUCAAAGCCUUUGUGAGAAAGAUGCAUGCUAAUCUGGAAUAUUGUCCAGACCCAGAGAAGUACUAUCAUUUCACAGUACCUAUGGAGCGGUCGAAGCCCAAGAUUCCACUAGAAGUUCUUCUUGAAGCAACCAAACCAGUGGAGCCUUAUCCAUGGUAUAAGGAAACAGACAUGAGCCUUGAUGUUACUGGUUUUCUUGAUUAUAUAGUUGCUAUUAUUGUACGUAUAUUCAAGCUAAAAUUAAACUAAAAACGACAAUGAAAAAGAAGGAAGGAAUUAAGGAACAAUAGAAAAGUAAAGGAUAUAUAUAUGAAAGGAGAAGCAAAAUGUGAAAAAGGGAGUUACAAUUGGUUCUGCUCCAAGCCUGCUACACUGCCAUGCCAAUCACAAAGUGGAGAUGAGAAAAUAGCUUAAAAUAGUUUGCUUCCUUGCAGCACCCACAUUUUCUCCUUGUAUAGAAACUCUUUAUAUCACUACACGAUUAAUUUUACAUGUUCUUUAUUAUCUACAAGCUUUUCAAAGUGUACCAAAUAUCAGUGAAAAACUAAUAAUAAUAAUUUUUUAUUACAA